UUCAGAAACAUGAUUCCUGUGACAGAAUUUCGGCAGUUCUCUGAGCAGCAGCCGGCCUUCCGGGUGCUGAAACCAUGGUGGGACGUGUUUACCGACUACCUUUCCGUGGCCAUGCUGAUGAUCGGUGUGUUCGGAUGUACUUUACAGGUCAUGCAAGACAAGAUAAUCUGCCUUCCCAAACGAGUUCAGCCUUCUCAGAACCACUCUUCUGUCUCAAAUGUCUCUCAAGCAGUUGUCAGUGCCACCCCCCUGCCUCCCACUAAACCAUCUCCCACUAACCCCGUCACUGUGGAAAUGAAAGGACUGAAGACAGACUUAGACCUUCAGCAGUACAGUUUUAUAAACCAGAUGUGUUAUGAGCGAGCCCUCCACUGGUAUGCCAAGUACUUCCCCUACCUGGUCCUCAUCCAUACUCUGGUCUUCAUGCUCUGCAGCAACUUUUGGUUCAAAUUCCCCGGCUCCAGCUCCAAAAUAGAACAUUUCAUCUCAAUCUUGGGGAAGUGUUUUGACUCUCCCUGGACCACACGGGCUUUAUCUGAAGUGUCCGGGGAGGACUCCGAAGAAAAGGACAACAGGAAGAACAAUGUAAGCAGGUCCAACACUGUCCAGUCUGGUCCAGAAGGCAACCUGGUCAACUCUCAGUCUCUAAAGUCAAUUCCCGAGAAGUUUGUGGUUGAUAAAACCACGGCAGGGGCGCUGGAUAAAAAGGAAGGUGAGCAAGCAAAGGCCUUAUUUGAGAAGGUGAAGAAGUUCAGAAUACACGUAGAAGAAGGCGACAUACUAUAUGCUAUGUAUGUUCGUCAGACUGUACUUAAGGUUAUAAAAUUCCUAAUCAUCAUUGCAUAUAAUAGCGCCCUGGUUUCCAAAGUCCAGUUUACAGUGGACUGUAAUGUUGACAUCCAAGACAUGACUGGGUACAAAAACUUUUCCUGCAAUCAUACCAUGGCACACUUAUUCUCAAAACUCUCCUUUUGCUACCUGUGCUUUGUAAGUAUCUAUGGGUUGACGUGCCUUUAUACCUUAUACUGGCUGUUCUAUCGGUCUCUAAGGGAGUAUUCUUUUGAGUAUGUCCGGCAAGAGACUGGAAUUGAUGAUAUUCCUGAUGUGAAAAAUGAUUUUGCUUUUAUGCUUCAUAUGAUAGAUCAGUAUGACCCUCUGUAUUCCAAGAGAUUUGCGGUGUUCCUAUCUGAAGUGAGCGAAAACAAGUUAAAGCAGUUGAACUUAAACAAUGAGUGGACGCCCGAUAAACUGAGGCAGAAGCUCCAGACAAAUGCCCACAACCGAUUGGAAUUGCCUCUCAUCAUGCUCUCUGGCCUUCCAGACACAGUUUUUGAAAUCACAGAGUUGCAGUCACUCAAACUUGAAAUCAUUAAGAACGUGAUGAUACCAGCCACCAUCGCACAGCUAGACAACCUCCAAGAGCUCUCCCUCCACCAGUGCUCCGUCAAAAUCCACAGCGCGGCCCUCUCCUUCCUGAAGGAGAACCUCAAGGUCUUGAGUGUCAAGUUUGAUGACAUGAGGGAGCUGCCUCCUUGGAUGUAUGGACUCCGGAAUCUGGAAGAGCUCUACCUGGUUGGCUCUCUAAGUAACGAUAUUUCCAAGAAUGUCACCUUGGACUCUCUGCGGGAUCUCAAAAGCCUUAAAAUUCUCUCCGUCAAAAGUAACGUUUCCAAAAUUCCCCAGGCGGUAGUGGAUGUGUCCAGCCACCUACAGAAGAUGUGUAUCCAUAACGACGGCACCAAGCUGGUGAUGCUCAACAACCUGAAGAAGAUGAACAACCUGACAGAGCUGGAGCUGGUGCACUGCGACCUGGAGCGCAUCCCGCAUGCCGUGUUCAGCCUGCUCAGCCUCCAGGAGCUGGACCUCAAGGAAAACAACCUGAAGUCGAUUGAGGAAAUUGUUAGCUUCCAGCACUUGAGAAAGCUGACCGUGCUCAAACUGUGGCAUAACAGCAUCACUUACAUCCCAGAGCAUAUAAAGAAGCUCACCAGCCUGGAGCGCCUGUCCUUCAGUCACAAUAAGAUAGAGGUGCUGCCUUCACACCUCUUCCUAUGCAACAAAAUCCGCUACUUGGACUUAUCCUACAACGACAUCCGAUUUAUCCCACCUGAAGUCGGAGUUCUACAAAGUUUACAGUAUUUCUCCAUCACGUGUAACAAAGUGGAGAGCCUUCCGGAUGAACUAUAUUUCUGCAAGAAACUGAAAACUCUGAAGAUUGGGAAAAACAACCUAUCGAUUCUUUCGCCGAAAAUUGGAAAUUUAGUCUUUCUUUCCUACUUAGAUGUUAAAGGCAAUCACUUUGAAAUCCUCCCUCCUGAACUGGGAGACUGCCGGGCUCUGAAGCGAGCUGGCCUUGUUGUUGAAGACGCUCUGUUUGAAACUCUGCCUUCUGAUAUCCGGGAGCAAAUGAAAACAGAAUAACUUAUUUUUGUUUAAAGUUUGACUGAAACACGCUUCUACCAAAUACAGUAUAAAUAAUUAGGUAGUCUUAAUGCCUUUCCUAUUUUAUUUUCUGUUUUACUUUUUCACAUGAAACAAUAUGUACACAAAGAUCGAGUAAGGAGUAUGUAUUUUUAAUAAAAAUUUAAUUGUAUUUUUUCAAUAUUAAUAUUUUAAAGUUUCAUUUCUCUUGGAACCUAGUCUGUUAUUUUCUACUGGCAGAAACAGAUGCUUCGAUCGGUUUUUUAGUUUUUUGUGUUGUGUUGUGUUUUUGUUUUUCAGUUCAGUCUUAUGAAAGGGAGGGAACUUUAAGUUGCAUGCUUUUGGUAUUUUUUAAAUAGAUGAGAUAUUUUGCCAACAUCAUUUUUAGCUUGUUCAUAUCUGUACAGGAGCCUUGUUUUUAUUUUUGUUAUGUCUGUAUCAAGGUAUCUGUGUUGGUUAUUUUAGUAUUUUAAUGCUAGCUGCCUUCUCAAUUGACCAAGUCCUUCUUUCUACAGAAAAUUCUCGAGUGUAAAUUCACAUGAGUGCAUUGUUGCAGCCUAUUAAUUUUAAAAUUUCUCCCCAUCACAGAACUCCAAAUUAUCUUGUUUUGUAUACCUGGUCCUUAAAAUUAUCCUUGGACAACAAUUUUGCAAGUGGGUAAAGUCAAUAUCUUCUAUGGCUGGCAUGCUUAAACCAGUUAUUUAUAACUUAGAGAUUUAUAUUUUUUCCAGAUUUUAAAAACAUCCCUGAAAAAGUAAAUACAGACUCCCAUCCUUCAAUCUCAAUAUUGCUAUGAAGCACUGGUGAACAACCUUAGAGAAGCCAGAUUUAUUUUAAUUUAAGUAGAUAAUUAAGUUUUAAAUCAUGGAAUUAGAAGUCUGGUUUUUUGAGUAAUUUAAUCAUCUUUGAUAUUUUGGUAUGCGGGUGCAUCAGAUGGAAAAAUUUCACCGCUUUGUAAAGUGUCAGCUAAAGAGCUGGUGCCCUGGCCUCUCCCUGCCUCUCGGAGGGUGGCUGUGAUCAUUAUUCAGAUUCUGCCUGUUGCACAAAAUAAUCCACUUACACACACUUAUGUGUAUAUAUAUAUGUGUAUAUAAUGGAUCUCCCUUCAGCCUGCCCUUGCUGUGAAUGUUAACGAUGCAAGCACAGGAAUUCUCUCUGCUCUCUUUGGCUCAAAAAUAAGCAUCUCAUCUCAAAUGGUUCUGUUAUUUUAAAAGUUACAAAGUGUGAAUACAUUGCUCAAUGGAGGUCACUUCGUAGUAUCUUUUGCUUGAUGGUUAGCCCAGCUUCUGUUGAUCUCUUUACUUUAAAAAUCUUAACAAUAAGAUGAGUCUUCAGCCAAUAUUUUCAAUGACCACUCAGCUGUGUAGAACAGAAAAAUGGAAAUGCUAUUUGUGACCUCAAUCAAGACCAGUGCUACUGAUCAUGGAAAUUGUUUUAUGUACCAAAUGCACAGAGACCUUGUUUUCUAAGCUGUAGUGUGAUCUAAGGUUCCGUGACUUAACAGUGAAAGAAUGAUUGGGGGUAUUCAAAUGUUUUGUUUUUUUUUUUUAAUUUGCUCCUUGAUCCUGAGGAAUUUGCUCAGUGUUGCUUUCAGCCACAUACAGAACACAGCUAGAGGAACUACAACAAAGAUAUGUACCUCACGCAUGCUUUUCUUUGUAUCUUACAUGGGGUGAAGGAUUUGGGGAAGAGAUAUUUUCAUCUCCUUCAUAAUCUAAUCAUGUAGACCAAAGUGCUUCACUGUGUCUGCUCUAUGUUAAGGGUUAGGGUGCAGAUUUUUGUAUGACUAAUUUAUUUCUACCUGGCAUAAAAACAACAUGUUAGAAACAGCAACAUGGCCAUAUCUAGUGUAGGUUGAAAUAGUCAGUUCCACAAUGUUGUCAGAAUUCUAAUUGUGGACAAUGUAUUGUAUUAGAAACAAGGCCCUACCUGUCUUAAACAACAAACACCUGAUUGUCCAUGCUAAGCAUGAAAACACCCAUUUGGAAGGUAGCUUAGUUAACCACUCGCAAAACACUGGGUGCACUAUUUUGUGGAUAAAAUUUAUAGUUAUUUUCUAUCUCACCCUUUAAAAGGGAUCAAUUCAGGUGAAAAAUCAUAGUUACGCUAAAGUCUUUAUCUGACGUUAACUCAUAAUUGCACAUGUCACAAAUGAAAUAAGUCACUAAAUAACCAGAAUUUUACCAUUGGUAACAAUUUGCUCAAAAUUCCAAAAGAUUUUGACUUGCUUCCUAAUGAUUUUGCAGGCUGACCCUUGACUUCAGUUCUAAGUAACAUCCAGUAAGCACAUCAGUAUAGUUCUAUGACUUUAUGUUUUAUCUGAGGAAAAUUCAUAGAUAUUUCUAUUCAAUUUUAUAAAAAUUCAAAAGUCCCAAACUUCAUCUUGAGUCUAAGUUUUCUGACUCUGGCCCUUUUUAAUCUCAUAGCUUUUUGUUCACUUCUUAAGUGAAAAGUAUUCAAUGACUAGCCUUUAAAUGGGAAACUCAGGUAAAUGAACUGCUAACUUUUCUAAAGUCCUUUAUCUGAUCCACUCAGUAUAAAAGGGGUAUAUUACAGAAUCCCUUUCGGUGUUACAAGUGCUCUUGCUAAAAAGGAGCAGCUAGCUCUCUUGCUCCAACCUCUACAGGAUUCAUGAGAAAAUGCUUAUGUAAAUAUAUAAAACACCAUGUGUAUUCAUAACUCCUCUGACUGCUUGACACCACAGCAGGAAUGCUUGUUGUUUAGUUGUAAUGGUGGCACAGGUCAAUGUGUGAUGGGUCUGAUUGACACAGAGCAUAUAAAUACAUCCCAAUGGAACUCUGCUAAGAAGACCAACUUCAGAAACUUUGUUGGGUUUCUGUUUUGUUUUGUACAUAACACUGCUUUUAACAUAAAGGGUCUUGAUCCAGUGAAAGCUGGUACUUACACUUGCAAAAUUCUUAUUGUUCACCCACUGAAUGCCCUGCCAUUAUACUUUCCAUGCACCUGUGGUCAUAAGUUCAAAUAAUUGAUAUGGCAGCCAGUACAGCAGAAAGGUCUGGAAAAUAUGCCCACUACAAGUGUUUUAUUCAUUUAGAGGUGAAUCUUUCCCUGCCUCUCCUGCCAUCUUUGUAGAGAGGGGGCUUAAACAAACCUAGAAUCUUCCUGGAAUGACGGGAUGAGGAAAGUACAAGUUCUUAAAAUAUUCUAGCAUGUAAUUUCUGCAUUAAGAAAAGUAAAAUCUUUGUCUUUAUCUCUUUUUAUCAUUUCCCCCAGAAGAGUUUUGCUAUUUAUUUUCCUAAUUCUACAAUAAGAAAAACCCAUUCAUUUUGCAGUUUAUUUUGCUCUCAAAUACAAUUUCAUACCAAAUAACUGAACAGUAACAACGAUACGUUUACUUAAACACUGAACACUUAUGUCCCAUCUUUAUAAAAACUGUCAGCAGUACUUAGCAGUGAGUAGAUAACUGGCAAUGUAAUUUUAAUUCGCUUUUAGAUACUGAAUUAAGAUUCAAUUGGCAUUCUCAGAUUAAUCCUGAAGGUGAUGCAAGUAGUUCCCUUUUUUGAUAGGAUCUCCAUAACUCAGGUAGGGUUCCAUACACACCUUAGAUUAGCAAAACAAAAUAGUAACAAAACAGUUAUCAGGCAGGCAAACAUCUGAAGGGUCUCUAGGAUUUCUCAUCCUUUCUCGUCCAUGCAGGAACAUUGUAAGAAAAUUUAAUAGUCUCCAGACCUGCCACUCCUUUUGCAGAUCUCGACCUCAAUGACAUGCUUCUAAUACAAGUUCAUACCAGCCUUCCAAAGUGGGUAUUCCCUUACACUCUUCUUUCUAGAGCUAUGCCCUGGCAAAGGUGACAUCCCUAAGUUCAUUUUGGGGACAUGAGCUCCUCUCACCCCAAGGAAUUAUUUUUUACCAGAAGACCUCAAAAAGGAGUAUAUAACUUUGAACAACUUAAUUUCUUGUCUUGUUAAAUAACAGUUUCUAUGCAUGAUUUUCAGUGUGGUGUAACUUUGCUUUCUGCUGCGUGCCACAUCUUCUCCCACCUAAUUCUGCCUCUUUAAUUAAUAUUUUAUUGGGGUUGAAACCUCCUGCCUUAUGUGCCCCUUCAGUUUCCCUUCUGUAGGUUUUUUCUCACUGAUAUGUUCAGAUUGUAUCAAAUGUGGGCAAAAUCUGUAAGACUGUCAAGAAAUGCUUGGAACUUUAUUUGUCAUAGUACAAACACAUGAUAAAAUGUCUUAAUGUUAUGUAGUACAUAGGAACAAAAUAACUUAAAUAAAGUCAUUUUUGUAAUUUA